GAUUAGACAUUAGGCCCCUUCCACUUUUACAGAAAUUAAGCCAUCAAAUAUCCCUUUGUUUGUGCCAGAAGCAAAAUUUGAAAAAGCAAAAAGGUUUGGAAGCCCAUUUUGGAGAGCCGCACACCACAAUAACCUAACGGAACUUGUUUUUUUCUUUCUGAUAACCGAGAAAUAUGUCUGGGGCAACCCUAAGUCACUAGUCCUCGACUUUUUCCACUUGAGCUAAGCCCUGAGAUUUGCAAUAUUAUAAAAACCGAGAACUGAAAAACCUAACAAAACUUUCCAAAAAUCAAACCGAAUUGACGGAUGUCCAAUCCUACUGCUAAUGGGCUUUAGGACAACAUGAAAUAGGCUGAAAUUAUGGGCUCAGAGAUGGAAAUAGUUGAGCAGAGGCUAAAAGCUUUUGUAGGUCAGCUCCAGACAGAGUUUGCCAUUCUUGAUCGACUCGUUUACAAAAACAAGAACCAGCAUAGAAGAUGCUCUUAUUUUCAGUACCUCUUAAAGGUGAGAAGAGAUUUGAGGCUCCUCCAAGCAGCUAAUUUGGAGGAGGUUUUGAGUGCCUCCUUUCAUGUUCUUUAUGGAAAAAGACCCAAGCAAAAAGUGCAGCUCUUAGAAAGCCUAAAGAGGAGAAGAUGUGAUGGUGGCAAACAUAACUUUCUGGAGCGGCUUCUAGGGGUUGCACACCUGUUGUCAGAGAUCGUUGAGCCAAUGUUAAGGGCCGCUACGGAGAUCUCGACACUUCUUGCACGAUCAUUUUUUAUGGGAUUUUCCUUGACAGUAUUGGCUUUGCUCGCCCGAAUAAGAGUUCUAGUUCAGCAAAUGCUUCUUGAUGUUGUUUGUGUAUUCAACAGUGUCUCCUCUUUAUCUCAGAGGGAACAAGCCAUAAAAUUGAGGCAGGAUGGAUUUGAGGUUUUUAGAGAAUACUUUCCGCCAAAGCAGGAUGUGAUAUUCCUCGAAUGUCUUUGGAAAUCUGAUAAGUAUGUGUUAGUUGAGAGACAAAAUGAGAGAGAUAUGGGAAGCAAGGAAAAGGAGGUUGGAGAAGAUGUUUCUGUAGAAGCAUCUAAAAUUCAGUAUGAAAGCAUUGAGAUUUUCCUAGGAGAUGAGGAACCUGGAAAGACAGCCUCUAAAGAUUUGGCUGAGGAUGAUGAAGCUGUUAUCGACAAAGAUAAAGCAAAUUCCCCGGAGAAUCCUAAAGAUAUGGCAGAAGAUGUUCAAGCUGUAAUGGACAAAGAUAAAGCAACUUCUUUGCAGGAUCCUAUCCAAGAGGGUAAGGAUGAAUUUCGAGCUCAAGUUGAUUCAGCUAUUGCAGGACCUUCUGGCAACAAUUUUAAUGCUCCUGAAGCUAGAGCGUUCCCAAGUUCAUCACCCGACAAGAAUCCGGCAAAAGCCAAACCUGGAUCAAAGAAUAAUGUUGCAUUUGUUUCAGUUAAAAGACCAGCUGUGUCAACAAAGAGUGAGUUGGAGUUUGGCAUUCCUGGAAUGCAAAAGGGUGAUAAUCCUAGUCCUAGUGUAGAUAAAGAAGAUCCAUUUUUCAGUUUACUUACUGCUGGAAAUAUGAGGAGCAGUCUAUUCUAAACUUCACUUAAGUUUUGUUUUCCCUUGUUUUUUAACCUUCGGGGUACAUAUUUAUGUUUAAAAAAUUCCUGUAUUUGGACAAGUCAUCCAAAUUGGUUUUUGAAUUUUAAGAGUUGGUGCUCAAUCA